AUGUCUGCGUUCUCUGAGGCGGCGUUGGAGAAAAAGUUGUCGGAGCUUAGUAACUCUCAACAGAGCGUGCAGACACUGUCCCUGUGGUUAAUUCACCAUAGAAAACACUCUCGUGUUAUUGUCUCCGUGUGGGAUAGGGAGCUGCGGAAAGCAAAACCGAACAGAAAACUGACUUUUCUCUACCUGGCAAAUGAUGUGAUUCAGAAUAGCAAGAGGAAAGGACCUGAAUUCACAAAAGACUUUGCACCGGUGAUAGUUCAUGCUUUUAGACAUGUUUCAAGUGAAGUAGAUGAAGGCUGCAAGAAGCACUUAGGCCGAGUAUUAUCUAUUUGGGAAGAAAGGGCUGUCUAUGAAAAUGAUAUCCUGGAUAACCUGAAGACUGCUUUGUAUGGUGAGAAAAAAACAAAAAAACGACCAUUUGAAGAUGUAAAGGUUGACAAAGAUGAGGAUGAUGAGGAUGAAGAUUUUUCUAAGAUGACUCCAGAGGAACCUCCACAGACAACAGAUCUAAUCCGUGCAAUGCAAGAACUUGAAAAUGCAGCUUCUGGAGAUGCAGCUGUACACCAGAGGAUAGGUUCUUUACCUGUUGAAGUACAAGAUGUGUCACUUUUGGAUAAAAUUACUGAUAAAGCCUCUGGCGAUCAACUUUCAAAAAUGGUGGAUGAUGCCUGCAUGCUGCUUGCAGAUUACAAUGGCAGAUUAGCAGCAGAGAUAGAUGACCGGAAACAACUUACAAGAAUGCUUUCAGAUUUCCUGCAAUCCCAAAAGGAGGUAUUGGAUGAAAAGGAACAGCAACUGGAAGAAUACAAGCGCAAACUAGCAAGGGUUUCCCAAGUCCGCAAAGAACUGCGCCUACGUAUUCAAAAUCUGCCAGAUCUUUCACGUCUACCAAAUGUUACAGGAAGCAGAGUCCAUUUGCCGUAUGCUGGAGAUCUCUACAAUGAUGAUUGA